AUGCCGACCAUGAAGAGUGUGGUGAUACAGAUCUCGCAGACUAGGGUUAUUUGUGGGUUCAGCAACCAAGAUUUGCCGCAGUUAAUUGUACCAUCUCAAUAUUUGGCCUAUAAAAGAGAUGGAUCGGAUGUUAAAGUUUUCGGUAAAUGGGAAAUGAUAGAGCAUUGCGACGAUGAGAGCGCUGAAAUAUACCAAUUGUACGAUAAGAACGGACUUCCAAAUGAUUGGGAUAUGAUGGAUGCUCAAUGGCAGUACAUCUUUCAAAGCCUAGGCAUACAGUUCGAAGACUAUCCAGUAUGUGUUGUCUUACCUUCCGACUUAAACAGUGCGCGUCGUAAGAGAUUUAUGGAACAACUGUUGGGGUACGGUUUUCCAAUGGUCCAACUUUUGAAUGAGGCUGUCUGCAACACGUUGAGUCAGGGAAGAUCGAGUGGAAUUGUGGUGGACAUUGGCCACAGUGGAGUGAAAGUGGACGUUGUCAUUGAUGGUGUUCUUUUCAAACAAUACCGCAAGGAGAACAAGAUCGGUGGUGCAUUCUUAAACUGGCAGAUCUGCGAUCAAUAUUUGAAGCAGGAUUCGGGCAAAUCAACGAAAAUCUGGAGGGAUGCCACUGAAUGGCUACCCAACUUCAAGAAUAGCAUGCUGCAAGUUUCUCCGAUUGAAUUGGAUGCUAAUUAUGACGUGGCUCCUCAUUACCAACAUAUGGUGUCACCAAUGGACUUGACCAAAAAUUUCCUACUCGAUAAGAAAACUCUCACCUUCACUAACAAACAGCUAUACACCAUUGGAGAACUCUUGUUCAAGCCAGUGAUACACGUAAGUAACAAUGCAAACGGAGAUGUAGAAAUGGCAGAUGUCAAUGACAUAGAGAAAAAGCCACAUCCGGAGAAAUUAAUUGGGGUCAUUGGAUUGAUCAGAGCAUGCAUCCAAAGUUUAUUAAAUGGUGUCAAUGCAAUGUCCACCGCAGGCAGUAACACUACAGGGUCCUCCACUACGACGGGUAAUGCUUCCUCGGGCAACCAAAGCAACAACAACGAGGAUACGAACAUCCCAACGCACAGCUACACUUCUGAACAACUACAAAGUCUACUGCUUACGAACAUUCUAGUGACAGGAAGUACCUCGAACAUUCAGGGUUUAGAGCAAAGAAUAUUGAAUGACGUUUCAGUCUCCCUAAACGAUCUAACCACAGUGAGGCCUAAGAUCCUUUUCAAACAGACCAAAUUAGACAGAAACUUCCAAUCAUGGCAAUCUGCAACAACCUUAUGCAGACUACCGUUGCGCGAAUCGUUACAUGCGUGGGAAUCUAUCGAAUGA